AUGCCAGAAGAAAUGAAGAAGGAAUUUUUCGAAUUCCUUGCUCAAAGGUCCAGUUUUACCAAGUCAAAGUCAGAAGAAUCAGUCUCCUCUGAUCCAAUAAGAGGACAAGAUCCUAAUGAUUUCCAGGACCCAUUAAAGAGAGAAGGCACCCCGGUCUUUGAGUUUUCAGACCAUUGCUCUCUCCCUCAUUCCUCUGUACAUUACCUAUGUUUGCAGCCAAAUAACCAAAAGCUCGACGCCUUGAAGGAAUCCAAUCUGGCGUCGCCUUCCACCUCUGCCGUUCGCUCAGCCGUCUCCAGCCGCUGCACCCGGCGCUGUCGCUGCUGUGCGGUUCACCCUCCGCUGCGAAGGGUGCCGCAUCGGUCGGCCCCUGCGGUGAUUCGCGCCGCUGCUGCUGCUGCGCAGUCGCCGCCGCCGUCAGACGCCAGCCCAGGCUUCGCCUCCUCCGUCCGCUGCCUUCAUCGCCUGGAGGAGCUGCUGCUGCCGUCGCUGCCGGGAGGUGCUGCCGCCGCUGCCGGGAUGUGCUGGCUCCGGUCAGCCCCCGAUUCCGCCCCGGUUUCCUCCCCGAAGCUUACAGAGGAGGAAAAAUUCCAUCACGGAGCAGGAAAUAUCUGUGUAAAAUCUUUAAUUAAGAUUAGAAUUAAAGAUAUUUUAUUUUAAUUAGUUUAGCUUAAUUCACAUCCCAUUGUAUUUUAUUUUAAAUUGUGCAGUACACAAUUUAUUUAUCA